AGGUCUCACGUAGACCAGGCUGGCCUAGACCAUGCUACAUAGUCAAAAGCUGGCCUCGAACAUUUGAUCAAACUGUCUCCACCGUAUAACAGUUGGGAAGAUAGUCCUGAACAGCCACCACGCCCAGUUCAAUAUUCUGUGUCGGGGAUUGGGACUCUGUCGUCCUAGGAGCUUGCGCUAAGAGGGCGACCUGACCUCCAGCGAUUCGCAGAGUACCCCCAGCCAUCUUCUUUGUAGUCUUCGAGAACUACAACUCCCGGCAUGCCUCACGACAGCGGCCCAAUAUACACAACAAAUCCCGACGUGUCUCUGGGCGGAGCCACCGGCCCUGACCUGGCCCCGCGGCCGGGCUCCCGCGUUGCGCCAAGCAGCCCGAGCGGGAGAACUGCGCGCGGACGUGUUCCCAUUCACUGUAGAAAAAAACACAAGCGAUUGGCGGAGGAUGAUGAGUGUCCCAUAAGAAAGAAGAGACUGACUGAAGCUGAACUCUGCGUGGUUGCUAAUGAAUGGGUUCUUGACACACACCAGGGUAUAGAAGGUCAUGGGGUAAACACAUGUCCUAGUGGCCUUUCUGUACCCAGUAUGCUAGAUGCUAUCUGUGAAGAAAUGGAUCAAACAACUGCAGAACCACAGUGUGAACUUGCCCGAAGGAGGCUUCAGGAGAUUGAGGACAGGAUAAUUGACGAAGAUGAAGAGGUUGAAAGUGACAGAAAUGUUAGCCACCUCCCAAGCCUUGUCCUUUCUGACACGAUGAAAACGGGUUUGAAGAGGGAAUUUGAUGAAGUCUUCACAAAGAAGAUGAUUGAGUCUAUGAGCCGUCCUUCUAUGGAACUUGUGCUCUGGAAACCUCUCCCUGAAAUCCUUUCUGAGAAGCCAAAGCCAUCAUCUAACCCUAAGAACUACCUGGGAGAGAGCCAAAUGAAGCGUACAGCUGCCGGCACUGCCUUUCCACAGAGAACUGAAGUGUUGCUGGAACCUCGGCACACAGACACGCCACUUUACCAUAGUCUGGAGACAGCUGCUAGCACAGAGGAAGAGAUGGAACUCUAGAGACCAGUUCUGCUCCAGCUUGGCAAGUUCUAGAAGGCUCCUGUGUUCAGUAAUGAGCCUGCCUGUAUAGUAUAGGGACCUGAAAGUUUUAUGAAACGGGUGUAAUAUCUCCACCUGUGAUUUGGGGUGGGUCUUUCAUUGUGGGUAGCCAUUUAUUGAAUUCAACUUUUUGCCAAGGAAGCUUAUCUCAAGGGAAAUGCAGUUUUCUAGCAGGCUUAUCCAAGAAAUGUUACAGUCUCUUUAAAGACAACCAUAGACGCUGGAUGUAUUAUGGUGACUGAAAUCAUCUGUCACAUUGUUGAAGCCAUUCAUUCUUAAGAUGCUUAUAAAGAGGAAUGCUCCUAAUUGCCACUGCAACCUGACAGCUGAGUCAUGUAUUGAGCUUCUUGUAGUGGUAACUGUACGCAUGGGGAAUGGGAGGGAAGAAAGCAGUAGUUUGAGUCUCUUGCAAAGGAAUUAAACAGGCAAGGAAACCUGUGUUGGCGUCAGGUCCGUGUAGCCAUUAUUACUCAAGCAGUAGCCUUUGGUCUGCCUAAUGACUGAUAAGCUCAGUUCGUCAGUGAUGUUUACACCUCAGUUAACUUUAAGUAAUUGAUUAAAAGAGAGUGAGGUAACCCUUCUGUAAAUUGCCUGUGAGAGAAGUGUCUUUUCAUGAAUCCUGAGGACAUGCGGGGUCAGCUAAACCCAGCAUUGAUAGCUUCUAGAGUUUAAAAAGGGAAGGUUGUACUUGUAUCAGCAAGUUGAGUUUUUUAAUGCUGGUUUUGAAAACAGUGAAUUAGCUGAGAAUAAACGGGCAGAUAUCUUAGAGAUUUACUGAAAUAGCUCAUUGUCUGGUGCUUAAGCUAUUGUACAGUAAGCCUAAAAGUUAGUGGAAGAUGGCCUCCUACCAGCAGGAAAUCUUUACCCUUUGAGUACCAGAACCAGGCUCAAGGUGUUCUUUGGGAAUAACCAGGGUAAAAGUUUUUAAUUUCUCAGGAAGAGCUCUUCAGCAUGGCAGGAUGUGUAAUGAAGGCUUGGCAACUCCUUCAGCACUGUAGAGCAGUCUGUGUAAGAUAGCGGGUGAGUGUGGUGGCUCUUCCACAGCAGAGCACCUCAGUUCAGUUUUCACUUUCUGGGUUUCUUCUCCCUUUGUAGGGAAAAAAGAAAAGGUUUAUGCCAUGUAGAAGUGAAUUUUUAGAAACUAGCUUCCAGGCAUUUUUGCAGCCCAUGCUGAGAUCCCUCCCAUGGAUGGCUUAGGAGGAGUCAUAGUCUAUUCAGUGGACUGUCUCCUCUUGCCUAUUGUUUAUGCUCUCUCUGUUUCUGUCUGGAUGUCAGGAAAAGUUUUAAUGUUUAAUAUUUAAACAAAAUAGUUAUGUCUACACAAAAAAAUUACUCAAGCUUCAAACCAGUAUUGAAACCAGUUGGAAACCAGCUUCUUGUUUCUUCAUCUCGGACUCAGAGGUGAAAGAAAACUCUCUUCUGUUGAAAUGUGCAAGCGUUUAACUCAUGUCAUUUGGAAACUCCUGGCUUGUUUAAUGGGACCAACUAGUAGAGUUUAUAACCUUAAAGAAUUCUCUAUGCCAGGGAGUUUUAGCACAGUGUAGAAGCAUGCAGGGACUGCCCAGAGUUUGGAGUUAGCCAGUGUGAGAAUGGGAAGGAAGUGGCAGCUUUCCAAAGGGCACAGAACACCAGGACUGCCUCUUAUCAAAGGCCUCAAAUGGCUUUGCAUUUGGUAACCACUGGAGCGAAGAGGUGGCUUUUAAUGAAGAACAGAAUUUUUCAGGAGUCCUUAUCUGACAUGAUCUUUAUUUCUGCAGGAAAGUGAUGUUUCAUGCUCCUUUUUGGACUUAUCUUCUUGCACAUGUUUGUACAAAAGUCAUCCCUCUUCAUCCUUGUGGUGCUGACUCAUCUGACUCUCCACAGCCCUGAUGCCUCUGCAGUCUAUUUUCUUUUCUAGCAUAAGCCUUUUGCUUUGCCUUAAGGUUUUCCUAAAGAAUUAACAGGUCUUUCCGUCUUGUAUAGUUUUUGAAGCAUGGAUCAGACAUUGGCUCAGUAUGCUAAUGUGUGGAGGUCAGCAAUUCUCUAAAGCAGGUGAGCUUCAAUGAACAAAUAUGUUUCUCUGAGUUUGAGUUGGGGGUGUGUAUGGGAGGGUUUUUUUUGUUGUUGUUUUUUUUUUUUGGAGGGGUUCCUGGUUUUUUUGUUUUUUUUUUUUUUUGGAGGGGUUCCUGGUUUUUUUGUUUUUUUGUUUUUGUUCUUAAUAUGAAGAAAUAAUAAAUAUGAGAAUCUAGUUCUCAUAAUUUAAAUCAGUUAAACACUGCUCAUUCUUGAAAAAAAUAAAAAUGUAAAAUUUAGAAACAAGUAGAACAGGACUAAGAAUAACUUGCAGGAGGAACAUUAACUAGCAGGUCCAUUUGCUACUCUGGAUCUGGACCCUAACUUUAAUAGUGACAAGAAUGGUACAGAACUAAGAACAUUCUGGCAGAUGGUGUCAAUUUUACUUUUACUUUAAAAAUGAGAAUCUGGUUUUUCUGUAUUUUAUUAUUUUCAAUAAAAGUCAAGUGUUUUCAACUGUUUAAA